AUCAGAACCCUAAUUUCACUCACAUCGUGGUGAGAAAUUUUGGUUGCAAGAUACUGCGAAAUUCACCUCGAUUUGGACGUAAAAUUUCCUAAAAGCAAAAGCAAAUAAUGACUCGUAUUUCGCUACUGAGUGAUCAAAAUGACAGCCAUUCGCAUGCCGGAGAAGAAUCCGAUUCAACGCCGCACCAGAUGAUCGAAAUUGAAGAGGAAGACGACAAGAGCCCAACCCAGAAGAUUAAAGAUCUUGAAGUAUGUGUUCCCAUUGUAUAUGGAACUAUGUCAUUUUGGCUUGGAAGGAAGGCCACCGAAACUCAAUCUCAUACGUGGACGGUUUAUGUGCGUGGGGCAACAAAUGAGGACCUGGGUGUAGUCAUCAAGAAAGUUGUAUUCCAAUUGCAUCCAAGUUUCACUAACGCAAGGCGAGUGGUAGAGUCGCCUCCAUUUGAGCUGACAGAACGUGGAUGGGGUGAAUUUGAAAUAGCCAUCUCAAUAUUCUUUCAUAAUGAUGUCUGUGAUAAACAAUUAGACUUGUUUCACCAUCUGAAGCUAUACUCUGAAGUGGAGCAUGGUCCUUUAUCGACCAAGAAACCUGUGAUCAUUGAAUCUUAUGAUGAGAUUGUUUUCUCAGACCCUUCCGAGGAGUUUCUUGCUCGUGUUCUUAAUCAUCCAUCUGUAAUUGUGCCACAGCUUCCAGCCACUUUGAACUUGCCUCCUGCACCAAUAGAAGAUGUGCAUGAGAAGAAAAGAGGAGACACCAAAGAUCAUCCACUUGGUCAAUGGUUCAUCAGAUUUUCCGAGGCGGAUGAGCUAUUAAAACUGGCAGAGGCCCGUCAGCAGGUACAAAAUUAUAUUGUGAAAUUGAGAAGGCGUUUGAGUAUGCUGGAAGGGUCGUCCCCAACACUAAAAACAAGUGUCAGUUAGCACAUCGUAUGCUGGAAAGUAGCUUUUUAUAGCGUUUUAAGCAUAAAUAAUAACUAAAAUCAGGUAAACUACCAUCUACUUCCACUUUAUUCCACACAUUGCUUAGUUCAUGCAUGGAACCCUUGUACAUAUCUGCAUAUUUACUCACACUGCACCUACAUCUGCUUCAUGGAAAGUGUAGGAAGGUAUCCUUAGAUAUCUCUAGCUCUGUUAUUUUGUACAACUUACAAUGCAUUGGUAGUUGUUAAAGCUUGGCGAAACCCAUUUGGCAUUUUACCAUAAAACUUUGUUUUGCAAGCUGGGGCCCAGAAGAUUUACUGGAUUCGUUUGGUCUAGUUUUAGCUGUCUUAGCAUAAGAUAGUAAAAUAAUUUUGAAUUGUGCUUUGGUUGUGACAUAGCAUGUGAAAGUAGCUGAAAGGCCAUGAUAGACUUGCUUUAUUUGGUUGUAAUGCCCUUUCAAUAGGAGAUAGACUAUAU